AAAGAACCACAAACGUAUCCAAUCAUCGUCAUCUUGCAUCUUAUAAAGUUUUCUUCUAUUUCUUAUUUUAAUUUUUUUUUUCAUUAUUAUUCGUUUUUUUUAUAAUUAAAAAAAAAAAAUUUUUUUGCAACAACAGUGUUUAAAAAAUUAAAUUAUGUACACCCUUAAGGCCUUUGUGGUCGCACUGUGUGCGACCGGAAUUUUAAGUGCACCUCAGAGACCUCAAAGUGGAUCUGAAAAAGAUGCAGUCAUCACCUCACAGCAACUUGAGGUUAAUCACGAUGGAUCUUACGUUAAUAAUUUUGAAACGAGCAAUGGUAUCAGCCAUCAGGAAUCGGGACAAACAAAGCAAGUUGAUCAGGAAACUCCAGUCGUUGCUCAAGGUUCAAAUUCUUAUACAUCACCGGAAGGUGAAAGAGUGAGCAUAACAUUUGUCGCCGAUGAAAAUGGUUAUCAAGUUCAAGGCUCUCAUGUACCAACGCCACCUCCAAUUCCACCAGAAAUUCAAAAAGCUCUCGCUUGGAUUCUUGCUCAUCCUGAAGAGAAUGAAUUGGGAAAUGGAAAUCCACCACCUAGAAGAGGUUGAUCAUCAUUAUCUCUAAACGCCAAACACACACAUUCGAAGAAUCCAGCAUCCUAAUGGACAAAAUAGACCCCAGCUUUUUUUUCCAUCUUUAUCUCAUAAUAAGAAUUAAUUAUAUUGUGGUAUAUUAAUAUUAAAUAUAUAUACAAUUAAAAACUAUGCAAUAUUAUAUAAUAAAAAAAAUGCAAUAUAGCAAUUUAUUUAAAAAAAAAUAAUAAAAAGCGAUUCGUUUAACAAA